UUGGACUCAAAACCUGCUGUGGAGUUCCAGUGGCAGCAUGAAAGACAGACUCGAAAAGGGUUUUCAAUCCCCGUCACACUUGCACAAUUGCACAGAGACUCCUGAAACUGAACGUGUGAGUGAGAUGAGUGUUGAGAAAGAAAAAGCGGUGGAGCAGUGAGUGUGUAAGUGAGAGAGAGAGAGUCAGAGAGAUGAGUUCCACUCCACCCACAUCCAUCCGUGUCCAAUGUGAGGGGGAGGUGAAACAGUUGAGAGCUUACUGUGCUAUUAACUGGCAUUAUUUAGUUGCCUCGGUCUGGAGAAGAGACUAGCCAAGACUGCUCCCCACCAGAAUUCCACCCAGUUGGAGCAACAAUGACUUCCCAUGUGAAGCUCCGGAAGGAGAGGGUCGGUAUCGUGGACUACGACACUCAAAUCAAAGAGGUGCGUUGCCAGCUUGUAGACCAGCUGAAGGUGUUAGACUUGCAACUUGAGCAGAAGAGCCAGCAGCUGCAGGACCUGACGGACUACCUGCGUCGCCGGGGUGAGAUUGAAAGCGAGUAUGCCCGCUCCCUUGAAAAACUUGCUGAGAGGUUCACUUCCAGGAUCAAGAGAAAGGAGCCCAGUAGUAACUCUGUGGCCCAGGUCAUGCUGGCUCUGCUGUCCCAGACCCGCCAAGAAAGUAGGGACCACAGUGGACUGGGUGAGCGCUGCAGCAACUUCCUCAUCCAGCCGCUUACCCACUGCUUGGAGUACACACAGCGCCUUGCCAAGAAGAGUAAAGACAUCUGUACUCAGCUACAAGAUGGACUACUCAAGGUCACCACAGAGCUUCAGACUGAAUGGCGCACAUACUUCCAGUACCACUCAGACUAUGUGUGUGCAGAGGGGAAGCUGAAGGAGGCAGAGAAGCAGGAGGAAAAGCAGAAGCAGAGUGCUUCUAAGAAGCUGGAGAGGUUGAUAGAAAAGAGACAAGGUAAAGUCCAAGAGAUCAACUUUAAGUGCAGCAAGGCCCGAAACGAUUACCUCCUAAACUUGGCUGCAGCCAAUGCCUCCAUGAAUAAGUACUACCUCAAUGACAUCUCUACUCUUAUAGAUAGUGCAGAUGUAGGGUACCGCCUCUCUUUAGGUCGGGUGAUGCAGGCUUACCUCUCCAGUCGGUGUUGGACACAGAAGAACCUCAGCGUGGGGCUGGAGCAGCUCCAAGGCGCAGUGUCCGGACUGGACCAGAGCCAUGACAGAGACACCCUGCUGAAGGAUCACUAUAACACCUUCUGCAUGCCCCUCCGUUUCCCCUAUCAGCCCCAUGAUGGAGACCAGGUUUCCGAGGUGAGUGCAGAGGGUGGGAUGAGGUGCGAGCUGGAGACCAGAUUCAAACAGAUUCAAACCAGACUGAAAGCUGUAACCCUGGAAACGGAGGAGGCUAGUAAGAGCAUGUUGGCGGCCCAGUCUUCCCUGCUGGAGAGUAUUGGAGAUGAUGAUCUGGAGCUCGGCAGUGGAUCGUCUCAGCAGGGCAGCACAGAGAACCUGACAGUCAAACCCAGUGUGGCCCGCCGCAGGGCAAACGCGCAGGAAAUUGAAAACCUCUACUUCACUAGACUAAAAGAACACCUCGUAAGCAGCUCACUGGUAUCUAAACUGCAAGCAAAACAUGACCAGCUGAAAUUGGCUGUAGAAAAAGCAGAAGCAUCAAAUGACCAUCGGUCUCCUAGACACAAUGGAAAGUCAAUGCGUGUGAGGAAGAAUCACUCAAGUGCCAAUUUGUUGCACAACCAAAAACUUUUCAGUGGUGACAUGCUGUCCUUCAUACAGGCAUCAGGACAACAGAUUCCAAUUGUUGUGGAGAGUUGCAUUUGCUUUAUCAACCAGAACGGUCUCCACCAUGAAGGGAUAUUUAGAGUGCCGGGGUCUCAGAUAGAGGUCAACAACCUGAGGGAUGCAUUUGAGCGAGGAGAGGACCCCCUGGCUGAGCGGAGAUAUGACCUGGACUCUGUUGCUGGAGUGCUGAAGCUCUACUUCAGAGGUCUGGAGAAUCCCCUCUUCCCCAUCGACAGCACCAACCAACUCCUGGAGCACGUCCAAAUAAAGAACGAUGCAGAGAGAGCAGCUCAGCUCAAAAUGGUCAUCUCCUCCUACCCCGAGCCCGUCAUCAUUGUCAUGCGAUACCUCUUUGCAUUCCUUCAUCAUGUGUCUCAGUACAGUGACGAGAACAUGAUGCAGCCUUACAACCUGGCUGUGUGCUUUGGCCCCAGCCUUGUAAGAGGGGCUGACGACGAUGAUGUCGUCACCCUGCAGCCUCAGAUCAACGCCCUGGUGAAGAGCAUCAUCCUUCAGCAUGAAAGCAUCUUCCCCAGCCAGAGCGAAGUACCAGGACCGGUGUAUGAGAAAUGCAUGACACUGGAUCAGGACGACUGUGAGCCUAUCAUUGAAGAAGGAGAUGUGGAAGCAGAGUACAAAGAUGAGUUGGAAGCAGGAUACUCGGCUGACAGCAGCACCAGCUCGUCUGCAGCAUCAACGCAGAGAAAAGCAGAACGUCCUAGAGCCAACAGCAGCGGCUCACUUGACCAAAGUAGAUUGGCAGCGGGACCAGCUGGGAGCAGCAUCAUUUCAGCUGGAAAGCUGACGCUCCAGAUUCCCGUUGGACCACAGUGCAAGCCACGGCGAGGCCCCUCUCCUUGCUAUGUGCGCAGAGGACUUCAGGAACACUCAUCUUCUGAGGAUAUUGUUGUUAAAAUAGACAAGGAGGUCUGUCGCCAGAUGGACACUGUCUUCAUGGAGCUUCUCUCACGACAAGCACUGCAGGAUCCCACCUCCUCCUCUCCCUCUGCCCAAGCUCCCCAAAGGAAAGGGAAGCGGGAUGGACGCAGAGGGAGAGGAGUCGGGCUCUUCAGAGCAUCAGAUCCACUAGAAUAAGAGGAUCGGUAUCAGUUGAUGAACUAAAAAGAGAGCGAUGAUAUAGUGCUCUGACAGCAGCUUUCAGCACAUCUAUUUCUAGAAAAACUAAAAUUACUGAGCCAUGGUCACUCCUCUGGGGGCUUGAGAUUAGUCUGGGCUUCUUUCCACAGGUUGGAUCCCCACUCAAAGCUCUGCAUUCAUGUUUUAUACAGCAGAACGAAGCUGUGACUGCAGACCUGCAAUACAAUGUGGAAAGUUUGGAUUACUUGAAAUGCAAGGAUGUGUUUAUGUACAGCUGAAUGUGGUUGGGCAGCUUAUGGCUUUAUUUCUGCAUCUUUGUGUUGAUAUUCAACUGUUUACACUUUAUAUCAAAUGUGUUUAACAACAUGAGAUGUAAUUUAGCAUUGCUGAUAAAACUGUGAAUACUGUAGCUGUAAGGAAUUUUAUAUAUAAUUUGUUACUUGUGAAACACUUGAUGAUUUGCCUGUAUAUCUAGGCUACGUGCCAAAUAAAUAGUCUAUUCUGUUUUUUUUGUUCCCUUUUUGAUUAUAAAUAUCUACUGGAAAAUGUGGUAGGUUU